CUCGCUAUCCGACAGAUCUGCCCCUAGUGUUCCGUGCAUUCCUGUGCUGUGCAAACGUGAAACAUGAAGUUACCGGUGCUGCUGCUGGGUUGGGUCAUUUGCUACACGGCUACGGCCACUGAAUCGCCCGGAUUCUUCAUCAAACUGUCCAAAAGUGUACCGCGCAUCGGUCGUAGGGGUGAUCUGGAGAACUUCUUCCUUAAACAGUCGAAGAGUGUCCCACGAAUUGGACGACGUGCCGGUGGUUAUAUGGUUCUUCAUCGUGACGCGCCGAUUUCGCAGCAGGACUGGUUCGAACGCUACAUGAAAACGGUUAAACGUCCGGCACCCGGUGGACAAUCGAUGGGAUUGGAUGAUGCCGGCAAGUCGUACAAGAAGAUUCGUCCGCUCGAUCUGAACCACAUCAUUGACAUUCUAUCGGACGAUCUGUUCUUUGGAUCGGAUCUUAAGUUUAUCUCCUGGGAAGUGCUGGAUGAGGCCCUCGAGGAAGAUCCGGAGUUGCUGCAGAAGCUGUCCUCGCUAGCACGGGACAAGGAAGUGCAGCAGCUGAAACGAAUGCUGGGUGACCAUGGCGAAGAGCAAAUGCAAUACGUACCGCUCGAUCGGAAUGAGAUAAACGCGGCCAGCAGCCGAGCCUACAUGUACCGUGUGGAUCGUGCUGCAUCCGAACCGAACAAGGAGCGCAUCGAGUACCAACAGUAAGGACUACGACUGAUCGCGAUCGUGAACGUAAUGCCGGCCAGCCAGAGUUAGUGGGGAUUGAUCCGCAAAUCGUAACCAGAGCCAAGUGUAUUCGUUGUGUAUUUCAAGAAAUAAAUGUGCAGCACGUUUCUCAUACCCGGUUAUCAUUGUGUUCAACUGUGGCGUGGGAUUUCACUCCAAA